AUGGUCGACUACGCGCAGGAGCUGAAGGAUAUCGACAUACCGACGCAGCGUCGCAAGGACAUCGAGUCAGCGGUUACGUCGAGCGAGGCCACUCAACUUCGAGCAGUCUUAGGGCAACUGAUGUGGUUGGCGACUCAGGGAGUACCUCUGGUAUGUGCAGAACUGUCCUUGCUGCUCGCAUGCACGAACACGGCCACCAUCAACACGCUCUUGCAGGCCAACAAGCUGAUUCGGAGAGCGAAGAUAGAGGUCCAGAAAGAGCUGAUCAUGGAGAAGCAUCUCAACCCGUGUAUCGUGGGGUAUUCGGAUGCUGCCUGGAAUGUUCGACGAGAUGGAUCGUCACAGGGAGGCUUCCUGAUCUUCAUGACGGAUUACAGCCUGAUGCAGAAUAAGGAAGCGCCGAUUUCACUAAUAGCGUGGGCGUCCGCAAAGUUACCUAGAGUGUGCCGGAGUUCAAGUGCAGCAGAAGUACAAGCGGCAAGCGAGGCGCAGGAGGAACUGGAAUUCUGCAGACUGGUGCUGAGCGAACUCCUACUGGGACCGACACCUCUGAAGCAGUGGGCGGCAGGGUGUGCGAAGAUUCCAGGAGCCCUAGUACUGGACUGCCGUGGCGUGUUCGAUGCGUUGGAUAAGUCGGAGAGCAGCGCGCUGGGCAUGAAGGACAAAAGGAGUGCACUGGAAGCCUUGGCUCUGAAGAGAGGCAUGGCGGCGACAGCUACCUCGUUGCGGUGGUGUCACAGUGGCGCGCAGCUAAGCGACUGUAUGACGAAGAACUCCGAGAAAGCGAGGGCGAGCUACAACCUAAAGAAAAAAGGCAUGGACACCCUCGACCAGGAUACGUUCUUCGCAGUGGAUGAAGAUGAUGCGUGGCAACUAUAUCCGGAUGUCUUGGAGAUCGAGACGGAGUCGGAGAUCGUGGCAGACUACCGACAUCCAGAGGCACGACGUCUGAUGAUGGAAGACGCGACGCCUCAAUAA